CGCACGAGUAAUUGAGUCUGGCAGCCAGCGUUUGCCUUCCCGUCCUAGCGGAGUUUCCUGCAAGCCUCGCACGGGCCGCGAAGUUUCUGCCGCGGGGCUGGGAAGAGGUUUCCUCUGGUUCUCCUCCUCUCGCACUCCAGGGAGGCCCGGCCCUCCGCCUCCGCCUCGCUCGCUUCCGUUCCCUCCCUCGAGCCUGGCAGGCGGCGUUCCCUCCGAGCAUGCGAUCAGAGCGCAGGGAGGCGGCCAGGCUGCUGCGGAGCGCCGAAGAUGCAGAAGAGGCCGGCGGCGGCCGGGCAGAAGGAGCGCCUCUACAAGCUGCUGGUGAUCGGCGACCUGGGCGUGGGCAAGACCAGCAUCAUCAAGCGCUACGUCCACCAGAACUUCUCCCCGCACUACCGGGCCACCAUCGGCGUGGACUUUGCCCUCAAGGUGCUCAGCUGGGACCCUGAAACCGUGGUGCGACUCCAGCUCUGGGACAUCGCCGAUGGCAGCUGUAAUGAAUGGAUGAGUUCAUUUCCCGCGCCUGCCAGCUUCGCUGUCAGAAACACAGGCCUUCGGGAGCCCAGAGAUAAUAUUCAAGGGUUUAAAAAGCUGUUAAGAAAAUGUCAGGAAAGGUUUGGGAACAUGACCCGGGUCUAUUACCGAGAAGCGAUGGGAGCAUUUAUUGUCUUCGACGUCACAAGGCCGGCCACUUUUGAAGCAGUAACCAAGUGGAAAGAGGAUUUGGACACUAAGCUGACUCUCCCCAAUGGCAAACCUGUGCCGACCGUCCUCUUGGCAAACAAAUGCGAUCAGGGUAAAGAGGUCCUUGUGAACAACGGUUUCAAGAUGGAGCAGUUCUGCCAAGAAAACGGCUUUGUGGGAUGGUUUGAAACGUCGGCUAAGGAAAACAUAAACAUUGAUGAAGCGUCCAGGUGCCUAGUGAAGCACAUCAUUGCAAGCGAGAGCGACCCAGUGCCGGACAUUGAAGUGGAUGUCAUCAAACCACACUUGAAUUCCUCCAAGAUGUUCAGCUGUUCAGCUUGCUUUAAACCCUAAGUAAUGUCUAAGCUGCUGGCGGAAACUGAAACUGAGACCAUCACUUGGAAAGAAAAGUUUCUCUGGUGCACAAAGCCAGCUUUUGCUGCUCCUGAGCAUGAACCAAGAUCAGAAACUUUGCAUCCCCCCCCCCCAAACCAGAUGAUUAAAUAAUAUUUCAAAGUUCCUUUCUUUUUAUUCUGUGGAUAAGCUGCAGAGAGUCUCAUCUGGGUAUUUGGUACUAAGUGUUAGGGCUGUUGUCAUUAAUUGCCAUUGUUCAGCCAAGGUUCUCUCGGUACUACUUAUGACUAUUUACAUACCACUUUUCAACAAAAGUUCUCAAAGUGGUUUACACAGAAAGAUAAAUAAAUAAAUAAAUAAAGAUGGGUCCCUGCCUCCAAAUAAGCUCGCAGUCUUCAAACACACACACACACACACACACACACACACACACCCCAAGUAGUCAUUAUCAGCAGUCACUGGAGGGAUGUUGUGUUGGGGUUGCAGAAGGACAGUUGCUCUCCUCUAAUAAUCAUAAGAAAGUGCCACUUUGCUCAGUUAGCAGUUAGGAAGGCUAAGAUGCCAUUUCAAAUACGAAUAUACAAAACGUGUAUCGUAUUGGGGGAAUCACCUCUUGAGAAAAAUAUUAACAUUUGGUUUCUUUGGGUGUCCUGCUGAUGCUUCUUACUUCUUCCAGGUGGCGAUAAAAAGCCCUUUGAACAAAGCUUAUCCACAAGUUGAGAGUGAGCACUUAGCCCCCACACACUCCCUCCACAGGCUUAUACCUUCUUCCCCAGUGUGAGCUCACAGGCUGGUCAGAUGGCCAGAAGGGACCUUGCACGGUUUCUGCAGCGCCACCUGCUGGAUAGCUCUCACAUUCUGUUAAUUCACCCACCACGUUUCAAUACAUUUCUGACAAGUUGGGGAAAGGGUGGGAUAAGCACAGUAAGCAAGAGCUGGCCAGUAGGGGCCCUACAGAAAUAUUGUGAGGUCCCUACUGGCCAUCUGACCAGCCUGUGAGCUCGCAUUGGGAAAGAAGGCCGCACUGCAGAAAUCACGCCGGCCCAUGACCGCAUGCUGGGGAAGAAGAUGCAAGUCUUCAGGAAUAUGUGGAGUCUUGAGUGCCCUCAACUUGUGGGUGAGCUCUUCCCAAAGUACUGCUUACUAUGAUCUGGAAGAUUCCUUAGUUACAAGAAUGUCUGUAGAAAGGAAAGAAUCUUUGGAUAUUCUGGGCAAUUGUAGGGGGAUAUUUGAUGAAGUUACUUGCAAUAUUUUUUAGGGGAGGAAUGGAAUAUAAUUUUGCACUGCAGCAGAGUGACACAAACCCUAGAUUCUGGUGGUGUUGUGUCUUGGUUAGAUAACUCACUUGGGAAUAAGGCAGUUCUACCUUAGCAGUACACGGAUGGGAGGAGAGCUGGUCUUGUAGUGAGCAUGAAUUGUUCCCUUUGCGAAGCAGGGUCCGCUCUGGUUGCAUUUGAAUGGGAGACUACAUGUGAGCACACUGUAAGCUAUUCCCCUUAGGAGAUGGGGCCACUCUGGGAAGAGCACCUGCAUGCUUACAUGUAGAAGGUUCCCAGUUCUCUCCCUGGCAUCUCCAAGAUAGGGCUGGGAGAGACUCCUGCUUGCAACCUUGAAGAAGCCGCUGCCAGUCUGUGUAGACAAUACUGAGCAUGGUCUGAGUCAGUAUAAGGCAGCUUCCUAUGUUCCUAAGGAUGUUCCCUUCUAUAUAUUUCAGUGUCCCAUGGGUUGACUCUGCCUCUCUUCUGGUUAACUUGCAGAAUGGCUAACAGUCUUAAAGUUAGCUUGUGCUCAAUAUGUCUCAGUGUCCUGUGUGGGUACAGGUGGAACUUGAAGGGCUCCCAGAGGGGACCCGGAGCUCUUCUGCCUCCCUGUGCUGAGGCCACACUAUUUGCUCCCAUCUGAAGAUCGCUGGCUUGAAGCUGGCACAUCCUCAGCAAUGUCUGCUGCAAAAGUGGGGUGGGGGGAACCCUCUUCCUCUGCCUCCGAUUGGCUGGCUACAUGCUAAAGCUCAAUAUAUGUCUCCCUGCAGUCUGACUGCAAGGCUUCAGAAAAUUAGCACAGAGUACUCAAAUUGAAAUUAAUAGGGCAAGUAAACUUCUCCCAUUAAUGUCAGUAACAUGCCUUAUGACUAAUUUAAUGUGAAUGUGAGCCAGUGAAGUCAUCCACACAAUCAAAAACUGUGUUCUACCCGGGUUUGGGAGCUGUGUGUGCUCCCAAUUUUUGGUUGUGUGGAAGCAAGGUAGGAGGGAAACCUGGGUAGAAGUGACCGUGUUGAAGCAAGGCAGAAGGAGCCAGCAUAGCAUAGUGGUUGGACUAGGACUGGGAAGACCUGAGUUCGAAUCCCCAUUCCACCAUGAAACUCAUUGGGUGACUCUGGGCCAGUCAUAUAUCUCUCAGCCUAACCUACCUCACAGGGUUGUUGUGAGGAUAAAAAUAACCAUGUACUGCUCUGAGCUCCUCAGAGGAAGAGCAGGAUAUAAGUGUAAAAAUAAAUAAAAGCUACCCAGGUUUUCCUUGCUACCUUGCUUCCACACAACCAAAAAUUGGGAGCGCACACACCUCCCAAAUCUGGGUAGAACACAGUUUUUGAUUUUGUGAAUGACGUCACUGGCUACUACUUUCGCUGUAGUAGCUUGUCUUCCUAACGGUAACACUUAAUUUUGUGUUUUGAUGUACUAUAUGUAUGUGUAUACAGUGAGGGAAAUAAGUAUUUGAUCCCCUGCUGAUUUUGUCCGUUUCCCCCUGACACAGAAAUGACCAGGCUAUAAUUGGAAUGGUAGGUUUAGUGUAGCUGUGAGAGACAGAAUAACAACAAACAAACCCUCAAAAGCCCAGUGCCCAAAAGUCAAAAGUCUUCUACCAAAGACAACCACAGGGCUCUGUGGGCGCCAGAAGUCGACACCGACUCGAUGGCACACUUUUCCUUACUCAUGAAUAACUUAGUCUGGAUGUAAGCCAGUGACUGGAAUAACUUGUCUCAUAAUUGUAACAUAUAAAUGGUGUGUGCGCGUUCAUACAUAUACACACAUACACACAUGCACAAAUGCACAUAAACCCAAUCUCUAUGUGGUACAUGGGUUGAAGGUUUGCAACAAAAAGGGUACACUUUUUUAAAAAAGGAUGGAAACCCCUGCUUGACAGGAAACCAUUGGGUGCAAGUGCAAAUGUGUAUUAAUUAAAACAUCACAUCAACACAUUUGAGGUGUGAUUUCUGGUAUUUGCUUGCUUGCAGUUGCAUGCAGCUUGCUGUGCAGGAAAGAGGAGAGCUGUCUGUCCCCAAAUCCCGCCUUAUACACAACUGUUAAAGAAACAGGAGCCCUAUUACAUGCUUGCUUAUAUGCAGCCUGAUGCUAUCCAUGUUUGUCUGGGCGCUUUCCAGAUUACACGCUACAACUGUGUCACUACGUGUCGGUUAAAUAUGCUUCUGUACUGCCUGCGUUUCAACAUCGUCGUCCCUUGCACUGUCAGCAAGGUUCCAUUCACGAUGCCUUCUUUUGGGUUUUAUUUUUGUGUCACAGUGCUACAACAUUGGAGGGGGGAAAGCAAGCUGUAUUUUCCCAUUGUAGGAGGUUCCUGCAAACUAGAAAAGACUAAUCCCCUUAUUUUGCGCAACAUCCUUUAUUUACGCUUUCAAGGCGAUCCUGCCGAGCCAAAUAAACUACCGCUGUUGUAGCGUGUAAUCUGGAAAGCACCUUGGAAGUCCUACUGCCUUUAAUAGAACUUACUUCCAUGUUCAGUUUGCCUAGGAUUGCCUACUAGCCCAUUUUCAUUUGGGAAAGGAGCAUUCCUGCACAUGGAGACUUUUAAAUGCUCAGGACAGCUCUGGCACAUGCUUCCGCUGUGGCGCUGAAUGAGUCACUCUGCCUCAGUUUCCCCUUUUUGUCAACCAGGGAUAAGAUACUUGCCUGCCUCAACAGCGGUAUUCAGGGAUCUCUUUUUUUCCUUCCUAAUAUCUACUGCAGCUUUUGAAGUCUAAGGGCAAAGUAUUAGCUGAAAUUGAAGCAGACGGGCUGACAGUUCUAUACUGUAAUUACAGAUUGCCUUAUUCUCAUAUUGUGGUUAUUGAAAUGAAACACUCCACCUUCUGCUUAUGGAAGCAUUUUUUCCAUGGACCCGUUGGAAUAAAACACCCCCCCUCCCCA